UCACAAAUGGAUAUGCGGGGACAAAGCGUUAACGCCAAAACCCCGAAGCCUAAAACCCUCGACUAAGUAAGCUCACCUUCCUGCUGUUAAUCUCUGAGGGAAGUUUGUUGAAUCAAAAGAGCAAAUGGCAGUGAAGAUACGAUUGGAGAGAUGCGGAUGCAGGAACAGACCAUUUUACAGGAUCGUUGCUGCUGAUAGCAAAUCACCUAGAGAUGGCAAGAUUCUUCAAGUCAUUGGUUUCUAUAAUCCCUUGGCUGGUAAAGAGGACAAUAAGAAAGUGGGCCUCAAAUUCGACAGAGUGAAGUAUUGGCUAUCAGUUGGUGCCCAGCCUUCAGACCCUGUACGAAACAUUCUUUUCAAUGCAGGGUUACUAUCCCCACCACCAAUGGUGGUAAUGGGAAACAAAAGUGGACCACAUAAAACAUGCCCUGUUGAUCUAACAACUGGUGAUAUGUCGAAUCCAGAGAAAUCCAUCACCCUGUAAAACAUUUCUGCAGUAGUCUUGGUUUUCCUCUUUUGAGGGCAUUUUGUCUUAAUGUUUGGAUUGUUGGAGUUGGGGUUGAUUACCAGAAGAAUGAAUAUUUUGAGCUGAGCUCCUGUAAGCAUAGUCAAUAGCUCACUAAGUUGGUUAGUUGAAUAUUUUGAAAGAACUAUUAAGAGUUAUCUUGCUUUUGUUUGUGCA